GUAAGAAAGGGAGUCUGGCAAACAUAGUUGCAAUCUCUCUUUCAUAGUUUAUUGUGAUUUCCUUAAGCAUGGCUGGAUUAAAUUUAGCUGGCAAAGGCCCUUCCAUGAUUUCCAUAAUGCUACUCUUCGGGCUCCUACUAGCUAGCCUAGAUACAACAGGUGCCCAGAUAGGUGUUUGCUAUGGAAUGCUUGGUAACUUACCACCACCAUCAGAAGUCAUAGCUCUCUACAACCAGAGGGGCAUUCGCAGAAUGCGACUUUAUGAUCCAAACCAAGAUGCUCUACGAGCCCUUCAAGGCACCAACAUUGAGCUCAUGCUAGGUCUUCCAAAUCCGGAUCUUCAAAGGAUUGCUUCCAGUCAAGCCAACGCAAAUGCAUGGGUGCAAAGCAAUGUAAAAAAUUUUGGCAAUGUCAAGUUUCGAUACAUUGCGGUAGGAAAUGAGGUUAAGCCCUCAGAUUCAUUUGCACAGUUUCUAGUCCCUGCCAUGCAAAACAUUCGCAACGCACUCAAUUCAGCUGGACUAGGAAGUAUCAAAGUUUCAACCGCUAUUGAUAAUGGGGUCAUAGCAGAUGGUUCCUUCCCUCCCUCAAAAGGCUCUUUCAGGGGAGACUAUAGACCACUUCUCGAUCCGAUCAUUGGCUUUUUAGUGAACAACCAAGCUCCAUUACUGGUUAACUCGUAUCCAUACAUCAGUUACUCACUUAACACAAAAGACAUUCGUCUUGAUUAUGCUCUUUUCACAGCUCCAUCACCACUAGUCUCUGACCCACCACUGAAUUACCAAAACCUCUUCGAUGCCCUUCUUGACACUGUUUACGCUGCUUUGGAGAAAUCUGGAGGGGGUUCUUUGGAAAUCGUGGUAUCAGAGAGUGGUUGGCCAACGGCUGGAGGGACAGGAACAUCGGUUGAUAAUGCAAGAACUUAUAACAACAACUUAGUUCAACAUGUGAAGAGAGGAACCCCAAAGAGGCCUGGAAAGCCUAUAGAAACUUAUAUUUUUGCCAUGUUUGAUGAGAGUAACAAAAACCCUGAACUUGAGAAACAUUGGGGGCUCUUUUCUCCAAAUAAACAGCCAAAAUAUGACAUCAAUCUCAACUAAAGAGUGCCAAAAAGUUUUCUCUGUAGAAUAAUGGUGGUGGAGGAUACUCUCCAAUUUGUAUGGAGAAUAUUAAAUAAGAAGACUGUAAUCCUCUGAAGAAGGCAGGGAAAAGAAAAACGAUGUCUAGUUAAAUGUAAUCAAUAAGAUGCUCACAAGGUUACUGUA